GGGCCCGUCUUGCUGCAGGCGGCGGCGGCCGCGCCUGUGCCCGUGCACGGCGUCGGCUUGGCCGGCUUCGGCGGAGGUAGCGGGCUGGACCUGCAGGCGCUAGGAGGCGGCUACGGAGGCGGACUGCAGAGCAUCGGGGGCGGCUACGGGCUGGGGCUGCACGGCUUCGGCGGCGGCUUCGGGGGCGGUCUGGGCGGCCUCCAACUGCAGGGUCUGGGAGGCGGACUCAGCCUAGGCUCCCUCGGCGGUGGAUACGGGGGCGGCUACGGAGGCGGCUACGGAGGCGGCAGCGGCGGCGGACUGUCCCUGGCCUCGCUGAGCUCUGGUGGCCAGCUGAGCACCGUGGCGCUCCGCGGGGCCAGCGUGGGCGGCGGCGUCGGCUACGGCAGCGGCGCCAAGCAGGUGGGCCCCGUCACGUUCGGCAUACACGGCGGAGGUUCGUCCGGCUCUGACGCGUCGUCGUCAGGCAGCAGCUACUCGCUGGGCAGCGCGGGGCUCUCCGCGGCGUCGCUGGGCAGCUACUCGCCGGCCUCGCAGUCUGGCAGCUACUCCUCGCCCUCCUCGGGCGGCUACUCCUCGGGCGGCUACUCCUCCGGCUCGGCGCCCAGCCUGUCCAGCUACAGCAGCCACCUGGGCCGCGGGCUGGCUGCUUACGGCGGUGGCAGCCCCUCCACCCUCGCCGCCUCCUCCUCCCCCUCGCAGACCUACGCCUCGCCCUCCUCCGGCAGCUACUCCUCCGGCGGCUACUCCUCGCCCUCCUCGGGCGGCUAUUCCUCCGGCGGCUACUCCUCGGGCGGCUACUCCGGCAGCUACAGCUCGCCCUCUGCCUCCUACAGUUCGCCGCCCGCCGGCUACACCCACGGCGGUUCCUCCUCGUCCGCUUCCUCCUCCUCCUCCUCGAGUGCGGCCGACUAUCUGGGUAGCUACAGCUCGCCCGUCAGGAGCUACUCGUCUCGCCCCGCACGCUACUCGGACGGUGGCUACGACACCAUCCGCUACAGCAGCCCCGAUCCUGGCUUCAAGUACUCCACGCGGUGAAGUGACCGGGCGCCUCCCAUCAACUCCAUACUUUCAUCCCUUACUAUCCAUUUUCGCAUCUACUCUCAUGCCAUUGAGCAAUUCCAUUCAGCCUUAGCAUCGUGCAAAUCCUCUUUAGUCGAUACUGUGCCUUCUGCUCCACUGUUCGGUAUCUUAUUCUCCUGCACGUGUGUCCCAAAACUGAUGCUCUUCUUUGGAUAGAGAGACCAUUCUCAGACUUGAUCAGUUUACUACUCCACAGGGUAAAUAACAGCCAAAGCCUGUCGGUAUAACAAAAAUGUCUCCUUCUGAAUCCAGAUCGUUCUAAAAUAAGCUGCACAGGUUGUGCGUGUUCAGGUCAUUUAUGCUACACACUACCUAUCACUGAGAGUUGUACCAUUCAUGUCACGGUUUCUUACUUCACUUCCUUGUCGUCCCCAAAUGCUCAUUUUGAGUGUUGUUAUACCUCAGGCUUCAUUAAGGUCAUUGCUUUUGGGCGCACACAUAACACGCGUACGAUUACUUGCUGCCCUUGCUUUGCGAUGCUUGUAAAGCUGCCACAUAUUGUAAAUAGCUCACUGCACCACUUGUUGUUUCAUUGUUUUGUAUUAAUUAUUAUUGUGAUGUCUGUU